UUCAAGGGUGUCACAAGAGGAAGUUACUUCAGGGAGUUUGGAAACCUGGGAGUUUUUCUUAAUUCAAGCCUGGGAGGAACCUUUAUAAAUAUGGGUGUCAAAAAAUAAAAAGGUGGAGAUUGUGGGAGCUGCAGACUUUGAACGGUUGCUUGGAGUCGUCAUCUGGUUCUUGUGUUUCCAAACCAAUACUGCUGUGGUUACUUCCAAGCUUUCACCCAGAGGGGGGCCUCGUGGGACCACUUCCUGCUAAGAUGGAAAAUCUUGCUAACAACUUCUCCUGCUAUGACCCAUCCAUUGUUGGUUGUUACAUGUCAGUGGGUUGGGGCAUUGUGGUCGUAAUAGUGGGCACAGUGGGCAAUGUGUUAACUCUGGCCUAUGCUCUUGACACCAAACUGCAGACACGCUUCAACAUUCUCAUUGUCAACUUGACUUUGGCCGACAUCCUUUAUUGCACCUUUCUGCAGCCCUUUUCCGUGGACACCUACCUGAAUCUCUACUGGAGGACAGGAGCUGAUUUUUGCCGUGUCUUUGGGAUGCUGCUGUUUGUCUCCACGGUCUCCAUCUUGACACUCUGUCUCAUAGCAGUGAGCCGCUACCUCCUCAUUGCUCAUACGGCUCUCUUUGACCGUAUCUUCACCCAUCUGGGAGUGAUACUAAUUUCCCUGGGGACUUGGGUCGCUGGAAUUGCCAGUUUUGCCCCCCUGUGGAAUGUUUAUGUCUUGGUCCAAGUCUGUACCUGCAGCUUCCAUCGCCUCCGUGGGAGGCCCUACACCACCAGCCUCUUGCUUCACUUUGUGGUGGGCCUGAGCUGUGUUGGCAUCUUUUAUUUCCUCAUCCAUCGCAAAGUCAAGAGAGCUUCCCAGGCCUUGGAUCAAUACAAACUGAGCGGCAGCUUGAAGGAAGCUCAUGUAGCUGGAACCAGCUCAGCUAUACCAGGACUACAGGAACUGGACAGUGGAGUGGACAGCGCAGCUGCUUCACCGCAUUCCUGUGAGGGUCUGUCCUCUGAGCCCACAUCCAAGACCAGCAUUCCCCCGAGUUUGGACAGCAGCACGGCUCCUUCUGUGGCCCAGCCUGUGGUCCCAUCAAAAAAAGCGACCCCCUGCAAACCCAAGGAUAGCAACACCGAAUUCCAGCGAGUGACCCGCAUGUGCUUUGUGGUGUUUAUUCUUGUCCUUUGCUACAUGCCUUUUUUGCUCAUCAACAUCUUUGAUGCCAAAAACCGGGCUCCAACUCUCCUGCAUGUGAUUGCUGCCAAUCUGACAUGGCUGAACAGUUGUAUUAACCCUUUACUUUAUGCAGCUAUGAACCGGCAGUUCCGUGAGGCCUACAGAGGAGUGAUUUACAACAUUGGCAAGAAAAUCCGCUGGUGCGCUAACCUGUCGGGAGCUGUGAAACACCUUCUCCUCAUGGCUAAGUUCUCUGACCUCGAUUUGUCCUCAGGAAUGGACAGGAAAUUGCCUACACUUUCACUGAGGACUAAAUCCCCAGAGUUUGUACUUCUGUUCUUAUUAUUAUUGUAUUUUAUACUCCAUCUUCUGUGGAAGCCAAUGGGGGGUGACUUUGUAAAUCAAACAGAAUUGACUGACUGAGCCUCAAUCUGAGUGGUUGAAAACUAUGGAAACUCCACUUUGGGUCUGCAUCUAAGAGGGGGGGGGAACUGGCCAGGUUCACGUUAAUACUGCAAAUGUUGCCCUUCGUAAAGGAUUGUUUGGUGGGGCAACCUGCUCUCUCUGUGUAAUAGGCUAAAUUGUCUGUACAUCAGUUGCCUGUGUACAUGGUACAUAUUUUUGUAUUAUUAUGCAUUAUUUCUGUUUUGUUGUUUCAUUGCCAAAAACCCUUCACUUCUUGAGCUCCUCCCCCAAAUUACAAUCUCCUGUCUGCUCCCAGAUCAGGUAAAAAUCUUUGUCCUUGUUUUCACAAUACCUGGUAGUUUUUGUAUUCGACCCUAGUAAUAGUUAAAAGUUGCUGUCAGGUUUUCAUGCAAACGUUUUUCCAGGUCUAUCUGGAAA